UAGGAAUAGAGCUUUGACAAACUUCAGUGAUUUGUGCUUGAUCUAUGCGUAUACAACUGCAGACGGAAGAUUUAGCCUUUCAAGCCAUGACAUAGACUUUGAUGACGACAUUAAAGGAGUAAAUUUUGGUGUUGGGAUAUGUAGUGUUGCUCCAGCAAGCCCUGAUCAUCUGAAAAAAGAAUGGAGUCCUGCCAUGGACCGAUAUUUUAUUGAGCUAAUGUUGGAUCAACUGAAUAAAGGCAGUAACACAUUCAAGAAACAAGCAUGGGAAGAUAUGCUCAAUUCUUUCAAUGCAAAAUUCUGUUUGCAAUUGGGGAAAAGAAUUUUAAAACAGCGCUAUGAGAAACUACUCAAGUAUUAUAGUGACAUUAGGAGUUUAAUUGAGCAAAAAGGAUUUUCUUGGGAUGAAAAUCAACAAAUGGUAGUUGCUGAAGAUGGUGCUUGGGAUAAGUAUAUCAAGGCACACCCAGAUGCGUGUUCAUAUAGGAGGAAGAAGUUAUUGAAUUAUGAAGAAUUAGGUUUGAUAUAUGGAAAUGCAAUCAUCGAUGAUGGUCAUAUGCAUCGAGAUAAAAACUUCGAAAAAGGAAACUUACAAAUCAAGAUUGGAGGGGAGGACACCCAAUGCCACCCAGAUGAUGAUUAUUCAAAAACAUAUUGGACCCCUUCUAGUGACCGUUAUUUUAUUGACCUUAUGUUAGAGGAAGUGCAUAGAGGCAGUAAGAUUGACACCUCUUUUAACAUUCAAGCAUGGAUAGACAUGGCUUUAUUAGUUAGAGAAAGAUUUGGAUUGCCACAUGACAAAGAUCUUUUGAGAAGUCGUCAUAAGCAUUUCCGGAAUCUGUACUAUGAUAUGAAGAAUCUUCUUUACCAGAGAGGGUCUUCUUGGGAUGAAACUCGGCAGUUGAUUGCAGCAUAUGAUGAUGUUUGUGAUGCUUAUUUCAAGGGACACUCAGAUGCAAAAUCAUACAGAACAAAGCCCGGGCCAAAUUUUAAUGAUUUGUGCUUGAUUUAUGGAAAUUCGAAUUUGGGUGGAAAGGGGAACUUGUUGGGUCUAGACAUCGGCUGUUGUGGUGCGAAUCAACUUAAUGAUAGCCAUCAACAGAGGACUGCUAAAUGGACUCCAUCUAGGGACCGGUAUUUCAUCAAUCUGAUGCUAGAGCAAGUUCGUCAAGGAUAUAUGGUCAGCCAGAAAUUUAAUGAAGAAGCCUGGGGAGAGAUGGCUACAAAGUUGAAUGCUGAAUUUGGAUCGCACUAUAACAGAAAUGACUUAAAAAUCCGUUUCAUAAAUUUGAGGAAACGAUUUAAUGAUAUGAAAAUUUUGAUUGACGAUAAUGGAUUUUAUUGGGAUGAAAUGCAUCAGAUGAUAACUGCCAAUGAUGAUCACUGGGAUUUAUAUUUGAAGGAACAUCCUGAGGCGCGAGCAUACCACUGUAGAACUCUCCCAAAUUAUAAUGAUUUGUUUUUGAUAUAUGGCAAUGCAAAUCCUAAUUGGAAGCACUAUGAUUCGACUCCUUUGACAUGUGGUUUCAAGCAUGCUUUUGAACUAAACCUUGAUGAGGAUGACAAAUGCCCUUCCAGCAGAGGUCAUCCAAGGAUACAGCAUUGGACAAAAGCAAUGGAGAACUAUUUUAUUGACCUCAUGUUGGAGCAGGUGCAGAAAGGAAACAAGAAUGGUCAUACUUUCAAUGAGCAAGCUUGGGCUUGGAUUAUCACCUCAUUUAAUGAAAAAUUUGGACUUCUGCUGGACAAGGAUAUACUAGAGAACUGGUAUGUAAGCUUGAUGAAAGUGUAUGAAAAUAUGACAGAUCUUCUUAAUCAGCCUGGCUUUGCAUGGGAAGAAAUUCAGCAAGUAGUGAUCGCUGAUGAUGAUACUUGGAAAGAAUACAUCGAGGAGCAUCCAGAUGCAAUUAAAUACAGAGAUAGAAACAUGGCUGUUUAUAAUGAUUUGUGUGCCAUAUAUGAUGAUACUACUCCAUUUAAAAGAUCAAGUUGUCCAGAUUUAGAGUCGGAGAUCGAUAAUAAUGCCCUUGAUGUAGGGAUAAAUGAUAUCUUCCAAGACUUGCAAGAUCUGGUUGCAGAGUUUGAAAUUCCUGAUUGCAGAAAAAAGAGAAAGUCUGCAACUUCAUCAACCUCAGCAUGUUCUACAAAAUCUCAGAGAUGCAACAAAAGGGUGUUACGAAGAACACGCAAUUCAAAUCCUCAUGUUGGGAAGCUAUUGGUGCCAAAGGAGGAGGGCAAAGACUUCACAUCAAUAGUAACACCCGAACUCGGUGCAAAUCCCCAUAUGGUGAAACUAUUGGUGGCAAAGGAGGAGGGCAAAGACUAUAUACCAAUAGAAACAAUUGUUGAUGCUCUUCAGGUUUUACCAGGCAUGAACGAUGAGCUCUUCUUGGAAGCUUGUAAACUAUUGGAAAAUGAGAAGAAAAUCAAGAUGUUUGUGGCCAUGGAUGUGAAUCAGAGAACCAAAUGGUUGUUAAAAAAGCUUCAGAGACAGCUCCAUUAGUGUACACAAUCUUUCUUCAUGUUAAUAGUGUUGAUGUAAAGAAAUUCCUUUGUUUCCAAUAUCCCAAUUCCCAUACCUAUUAAUUUGCAGCCAUGCAAAGUUACAGUUA